CAACUUGUUUUGCAACCUCUCUCUUGCUCUAUAGCUUCUUCCUCUAUCUCAACCCGUGCUUCUCGACCACGCAUCCUCUGGGCUGGCUUUUUCUGCCUCCCCGACCUAUCCUCGCCACCACAUAAUUUGGCCGAUCUUGUCUUGUCACAGAACUCUACUUCUAUUCUUGCUGAUAUUCCUUGUGAAAGUCAUAUGCAAAGUGGUAUUGGUGGAAGCGAGGUUCCUUUUAGUGCUUCUAGUCCAAUACCUAACGUAAUUAUCUCUCCCGGACCCGAUUCUAGCCUCACACUUGAUUCGACGACUUCUGCGGCUAAACGAAUUUUCCUCCACAUUUGCCCGGAUACUCGCGGUCGUCGCGAGGCCACUUCCUCCCUUUUCUCCGGCGACGAUUCGACAUCGCCAGGUGUUCGGGAGUUGAGCCGCGCGACCACUCUGACGAAUCAUCCAGUCGCUACUGAUGCUGCACAAAAUCACCUUCCCCUAAUUGAUCCUUCCCAUAAUGCCUUAGCGGCUUCGGGGAUCGCUUUAUCCCAAAUCCUGCAGAAUUCAACACCUACUUCGGAUAUUUCCUCUUUAUCUUUAAGCUCUUCCAUCCAAGUUAGCAAUCUUCCUACUUCAUCCCUAUCAUUGCCUGGGACAACGAUAAAUUCCAGUUCCAGUUCUUCUCGAUAUUCUGGUCAUCUCAGCUUGUUGGCGAACUGGGAUGGUGUUUUUCCACCACGACCUCCUCGACAAGAAGAUAUAAUAGUAGGUAACGAUGAGCUAAACGGAGGCGAAGCUGACCAAGGCGGACCCAUCAGGACUUUGCUUGAUGGUGGAGAUCGUCCAGCAACCUAG